CAAUCAUGCGUCGCCAAGCAGCUGUGCAACUCCUGCGGGCGCUGGGCCGGGCCGGCAGCGAUGCUGCCGCCUCGGCUAAACACUCCAACAGCUGCGCCGCUGCGGGGCUGUUGGCAACGCGCGGCUUCGCCGAUGACGCCAGCCUGAAGAAGACAGUGCUUUACGAUUACCACGUUGCCAACGGAGGCAAGAUGGUGCCGUUUGCGGGCUGGUCGAUGCCCAUCCAGUACAAGGACUCCAUCAUCGACUCCACCCUGCACUGCCGCACACACGCCUCCAUCUUUGACGUCUCCCACAUGUGCGGCCUGACGCUCAAGGGCAAGGAUGCGGUGCCGUUCCUGGAGGGCCUGGUGGUGGGGGACAUUGCCGCGCUGGCAGACGGCACCGGCACCCUGUCUGUGUUCACAAACGAGAAGGGCGGCAUCAUCGAUGACACCGUGGUCACCAAGGUGAAGGGUGAUGAGCUGUACAUUGUGGUGAAUGCGGGGUGCCGCGAGAAGGACCUGGCGCACAUCGGCAAGCACCUGGAGGCGUUCAAGGCCAAGGGCGGGCAGGUGGACCUGGUCCUGCACGACGACCGCUCGCUGCUGGCGCUGCAGGGGCCGGAGGCGGUGGCGGUGCUGCAGCAAUUUGUGGGCGAGGACCUGGACAAGGUCUACUUCUCCAACUUCCGCAAGCUGGACAUCAAGGGCGUGCCCUGCUUCCUCACGCGUACCGGGUACACCGGCGAGGACGGCUUUGAGCUGUCCAUCCCCAGCGACAGGACCGUGGAGCUCACAGAGGCGCUGAUGGGAGACAGGCGGGUGCGGCUGUGCGGCCUGGGACCCCGCGACUCCCUCCGCCUCGAGGCCGGCCUCUGCCUGUACGGCAACGAUCUGAAUGAGGACAUCACCCCGAUCGAGGCGGGCCUCACCUGGACCGUCGGCAAGCGGCGGCGCGAGGCUUUCGACUUUUUGGGCGGGCAGGUCAUCAAGCAGCAGCUGGCCGACGGCGUGAGCGUGCGCCGCGUCGGCUUCGUCAGCAGCGGCGCCCCCGCGCGGCAGCACUCUGAGGUGCUGACGACCGACGGCAAGAAGGUCGGCGAGAUCACCAGCGGCGCCUUCAGCCCCUGCCUCAAGAAGAACAUCGCCAUGGGCUACGUGGACAAGUCGAUGGCCAAGGCCGGCACCGAGCUCAAGGUGAAUGUGCGGGGCAAGCUCAACGAUGCCACCGUCACCAAGAUGCCGUUUGUGCCCACCCACUACCACAAGCCGCCGCAGUAGGGCGGC